AUGGUUGAUGAUUUUUUUUUUUUAAUUCAGGAAAAAUCGAAGUACAGACCUUGUGUGGUGAUCGAUCGGACGAAUGAGGUGUCCGAUCGAUCAGCAAGCUGCUGGAAUUAUCUAGACUCGGUUUGUUCGGUGAUCGAUCAGAUAGGUAGGUGUCUGAUCGAUCAAUACCUAAUUGCAAUUCUGGGAAUCCUUCUGAUGAUCAAUCGAUCGAGUAUAGUGUCUGAUCGAUCAGCAAGUCCCUGGAGUUUUCCGAUGUCUGAUUUACACAAUGAUCAGUCGAUCGGUUAG